ACUGUUUCAAGACAGUCACCUCUGCUCCUUAAGAUGAGAGCCCUACAGCUCCUCGUCCUCUUUCUUUUUGGCCUGGUUGGGGCACAGCAGCAGGCACUUAUGGACUACUUGGAAAGAAGACUCCUUGCCAUUGAGGACCGCAUCUCCAUGUGGCACGAGCAGACCAGCCGCUAUGCCUCCGAGCUGCGUGAGUUCAAGCAGCAGAUGGUAUCACAGCUAGAGGGCCUGGACAAGACCAAGGAGGCGCUGAGGAGCGAGCUGGACACAGUGGGGACGCGAGUAGAUCGGGUCGAGAGAGAGAUGGACUACAUGGAAACGCAAAAUGGUGCGCAGCCUUGUGUGGACGUGGACGAAAAGCUGGUGGAACAGCAGGUGACGGUUAUCAAGGAAAGGAACAAAGCCAAGUACUCCAAGCUUACAGAUUGUAGUGACAUGAUCUCCAGCAUCAAAGCCAUGAAGAUACUCAAACGAGUGGGUGGCCCUAAAGGAGUGUGGACGAAAGACAUGGGAGCAGCCAAUGGCAAGGUUUAUCUCUUAAAUGGGACAGAUGAUAACACCUUGUACGAAUUUGGUACAGUACGGGAGUUCACGUCCUCCCAAGGUCUAUCUGCUGGCAAGACCAUCCAGCUCCCCUCUGCAUGGCGCGGUAUUGGCCACGUGGUCUACAACAACCACCUGUACUACAUGAAGGAGGGUGACGAAAUGAAAUUAAUAAAGUUUGAUCUUCAGAAAAGCACAGUUGUGGACAGCUCAGUUUUCCCAGCCAAAAACCAGCUCCCUGCUUACAGCCUGAAUCCCGAGACAUUCAUCGAUCUGGCGGUAGAUGAAGAAGGUCUUUGGGCUAUCUUCGCCACUCAGGAGAAUGAGAAGCACAUCUCUCUUGCGAAGAUAGACCCUAAAACGCUAGACAUUGAACAGAUGUGGGACACCCCUUGCGUAAGAGAAAACGCAGAGGCGGCGUUUGUGAUCUGCGGUACCGUCUACGUGGUCUACAACUCCAAACUGCCCAGCCGUUCCCGAAUCCAGUGCGUUUUUGAUGUCAGCGAUAUGAUCACGAAUGAUGACGCUCCAAAUGUCUACUUUCCCAAGCGAUACGGCACUCAUUCCAGUCUCAAAUACAGUCCGGUGGAGCAGCUGCUGUAUGCUUGGGACGAUGGCUAUCAAAUCCUCUACAAACUCCAAAUGAAAAAGAAGCUGGAGGUCUAGAAUGUGUAAUGAAGACUGAAUAGAGCAAGACUAAAGAGGACAUGCCCAUGUAUCUUACACAACCCAGCUUAAAUAGUAUGAGUCACAGAUCAAUACGUUUUCAGUUUUGCACUUACAGACUGUAAUAGGAAAGCGAAACAUAUGAUGGAUACACAUUUAGUUAGGUUGCUUAUUAGAAAUCUAUGUACUGUACUUUUAACCUAGUUUGCCUGGAGCAGAACUAUUAUAGUGGUUUAAUAUUGUGAAACGUGCUGUUUAUAAAUGAGGAUGUUUUUACAAAGGUUAAAUAUUUUGCCCAUAUUAUGCCCAGAUCGUUUGUUAUAGCAUGUCCAAAAGCCCCCAUUGGGUGGGAGCAAAAAAGCAUUGUUUUUAUGUAUGUACCUUUGAAUGCAAAUGAGCUACUGCUUUCCGUUAAAAAUAGAUGAUGCCUUUAAAUACAGCCUGAGACAGUAGUAUCUUUAGCCUACAAACACAUUUAGAAAAGCUUUUGGGUAAAAUAAACCAAUCAGUGAGCGGCCGUGGGCGGGGCUUUGUUUUUGUGAUGUCACAUUAACAAGAGAAUUAAAACAAAAUGUGUAAUGAGA